UUACUACUUACUACUUACUACUUACUACUUACUAUUUACAGUGUGUGUUCUAUUUUUAAAACAAUUUUUAAACACGUCUUUUAACACAAAAAAAAAGACUCACUAAACCAAACAAACAAAUCAAAAUUAAAAAUAUUUUUCCUAAACUGGAUCUCAUAAAUAUUUUUCUAUUUCUGGUCAAAAGCUAUUUGUUAAAUUCAUCUUUUACCUGUUUUCUUUCAUUAGAUUGGUUAAUUGAUUGUCAAUAUAUCAAAUAAUCACACCUAUCCCAUCCAUCUAUCCAAGUCAAAAGUCAAAGACUUUGAAUCAUUCCAUUCCAUUCCUUUCGUUUGUUUUACUAAAGUAUUCAUUAUUUUAUUAGACGCUCAUUAGAACCUAUCCAUUCUCAUUCCCCAUCCCCAUCCCUAUCCCCCAUCAUAUUAAUCAUACUCAUAUAGAAUCAUGUGUGGUAUUUUCGGUUACAUCAACUUCUUAGUUGACAAAACAAGAGGUGAAAUCAUUGAUACUCUUAUCGAUGGUCUUGAAAAAUUAGAAUAUAGAGGUUAUGAUUCCGCUGGUAUCGCUGUUGAUGGUGAUCAUAAAAAUGAUGCUGCUAUUAUCGUUAAAACUCCUGGUAAAGUUGAAAAUUUAAAAAGAAAAGUUAAUGAUGAAAAAGUUCCAAGAUCAACCGUAUUUGAUAAUCAUGUUGGUAUUGCUCAUACAAGAUGGGCAACUCAUGGUCCUGCAACUGUUAUUAAUUCUCAUCCUCAUAGAUCUGAUCCAAUGGGUGAAUUUGUUAUAGUUCAUAAUGGUAUUAUUUCAAAUUAUGGAGUUUUAAGAACUUUUUUAUUAAAAAAAGGUUUUACAUUUGAAUCUGAUACUGAUACUGAAGUUAUUGCAAAAUUAUUUAAACAUAUUUAUGAUUCAAAUUUAGAUGAAGGUUUACAUCCUGAUUUAAAUCAAUUAACUAAAUUAGUUUUAUCAGAAUUAGAUGGUUCUUAUGGUUUAUUAGUUAAAUCUUCUCAUUUCCCAGGUGAAGCUUGUGGUGCAAGAAAAGGUUCUCCAUUAUUAGUUGGAGUUAAAACUGAAAGAAAAUUAAAAGUUGAUUUUGUUGAUGUUGAAUAUCCUGAAACUGAUACAACUUCUUCAACUAUUUCUAAUGAAAAUUUCUUAUUACCACCUGUUAGUCAACAAUCAGAAUCAAAUUUAAGAACUUCUCAAUCAAGAGCUUUCUUUUCAGAAGAUUCAAUUCCAAUGCCAAUUGAAUUUUUUUUUGCAUCAGAUGCUGCAUCAAUUAUUAAACAUACUAAAAAAGUUUUAUAUUUACAAGAUGAUGAUAUUGCUCAUAUUUUUGAUGGUGAAUUACAUAUUCAUAGAGCUACUAAAAAGAAAAAUGAUGAAUCAACUACUAGAACUAUUGAAACUUUAGAAAUGGAAUUAAAUCAAAUUAUGAAAGGUCCUUAUCAACAUUUUAUGCAAAAAGAAAUUUUUGAACAAACUGAAUCAACUUUUAAUACUAUGAGAGGUAGAGUUGAUUUUGAAAAUCAUAAAAUUACUUUAGGAGGUUUAAAAUCUUGGUUACCAACUAUUAGAAGAUGUAGAAGAAUUAUAAUGAUUGCUUGUGGUACAUCAUAUCAUUCAUGUUUAGCUACAAGAUCAAUUUUUGAAGAAUUAACUGAUAUACCAGUUUCAGUUGAAUUAGCAUCAGAUUUUCUUGAUAGAAAAUCUCCAGUAUUUAGAGAUGAUACUAUUAUUUUUGUAUCUCAAUCUGGUGAAACUGCUGAUUCAAUUUUAGCUUUACAAUAUUGUUUAGAAAGAGGUCCAUUAACUAUUGGAGUAGUUAAUACUGUUGGUUCAUCAAUUUCAAGACAAACUCAUUGUGGAGUUCAUAUUAAUGCUGGACCUGAAAUUGGGGUUGCUUCUACAAAAGCUUAUACAUCACAAUAUAUUGCUUUAGUAAUGGUUGCAUUAUCAUUAUCAAAUGAUACUAUAUCAAAAGUUGAAAGACAUAAAGAAAUUAUUGAUGGAUUACAAAAAAUUCCUCAACAAAUUGGUCAAGUUUUAAAAUUAGAAGAUAAAAUUAAACAAUUAUGUAAAAAUCAAUUAAAAGAUAAAAAAUCUUUAUUAUUAUUAGGUAGAGGUUUUCAAUUUGCUACUGCAUUAGAAGGAGCAUUAAAAAUUAAAGAAAUUACUUAUACUCAUGCUGAAGGUGUUUUAGCUGGUGAAUUAAAACAUGGAGUUUUAGCAUUAGUUGAUGAACAAUUACCAAUUAUUGCAUUUGCUACAAGAGAUUCAUUAUUUCCAAAUGUUAUGUCAGCUAUUGAACAAGUUACAGCUAGAAAAGGUAAACCAAUUUUAGUUUGUAAUGAAGGAAUUGAAAUUUCAAAAGAUAAACUUAUGACCACUUUAGAAGUUCCAGAAACAGUUGAUUGUUUACAAGGAUUAUUAAAUGUUAUUCCAGUUCAAUUAAUAAGUUAUUGGUUAGCUGUUGAUAGAGGUAUUAAUGUUGAUUUCCCAAGAAAUUUAGCUAAAUCAGUUACUGUUACUUGAUUCUUUUUUUUUAUUUUUAUUUUACAUCUUCUCUAUCUUCCCCCAUUUUAGUUUUAUUUUAUAUAUAAUUCAAAUUUUUUUUUUUCUUUCUUUACAUAUUAUCAAAGGGUUUUAUAAAUACACAUCAAAUAUAAAAAUAUAUACAUACAUAUAAAC